AUGUCGUACAUGAACUCUCCAUCGACUCUGAUUUAUCAGUCGCCAUCUUCGAAUUACAGUCCUGGUACUGGUCUGCUCAGUUCGAGCCCGUCGUCGACUUCGUUGUAUCAGAGUCAUCACCACAAUCUUCACAAUGCAGGACUCACUGGAUCGAGUCCCAGUCAGAUGCACCACCAGCAACAGCAGCAACAUCAUCAGCUCGCUAGCAGUCAUUUCCAACAACAACAGCCACUGCAUCACCAACAGCAACAUCACCAUCAGCCAACGACUAUGACCUCGUCGAUAUCUAUGCCAUCGUUGAGUUCGUAUGUUCAGAGCCCGGGCUCAUCUGGUUUCUACGAGACUCUUAGUCCUUCAAUGCUGAUGUUACCUGAUCAACAGGUUCCUCACACUCCUGGCCCUUCUUCUGGCACCGGCUCGGGUCAAUUGCAAUUGGGUCAGUCGCCAAUCAAAAUGGAGCGUUCUCGAACCUCUGCUGGUGGUGGUUUGUAUUUUGAAGAUGACCAGCAACAGCAAUUGCAGUUGCAAUUACAACACCAGCAGCAUCUUCAUCAGAUCCAUCAACAACAACAGCAACAACAACACCAACAGCAGCAACAGCAACAACAGCAACAAGCUGCUCUAGCUCAUUCAGCUAUUCCUGCUAGCUCUUCAUCGCUUGCUGGUCCUCCUCUCACCUCUUUGCCAAUGGCCAGUCCUAGUACUGGUAAUUCAGCAUCUGCUUCAGCUGCAGCAGCAGCUGCUGCUGCCGCUGCUAUUGCUGCUGGUAAUACUGGUAUGCCCACUCCAUAUACCCAUCACCAACAAAUGCCAGUCAGCACUGUUCCUAGUAGUACUGGUAGUCAUCACCAACGCCUUAACAGUAAUGACUUUCUUAAUCCUGCCAGUCUCAUGGCAUCAACUCCUUUGUCGUCAUCGACCCUCGCAUCCAAACGCCAUUCUGCACCUUCAGGAUUGGCUGUAGAACGAGUUCGAUCCAAUUCCACCUCGUCUAUCUACAACUAUGGACAACCCACUUUUCAAACGCCGUUACGAAGAAACAAUAUUCUCAGCCCGUCAUCUACCACUUCCAACAGCAGUUCUGCUGGGUUAAUGACUCCUGGAUCAGUUACUUCGGCGUCUGCUUGGGCCCUUUAUAACACUGCCAAUCGUUCGUCCAGCAGCACCACUGGCGGUACUAAUCCAUUCUACACGUCGUCAUCAGCUGCCUCGUCACUCACUGCUACACCGGCCUCGAUGUCUGCUUCGUCGUCUGUGGAUCCUGGCAGUGUUCAGUCGAAUGCUACUACUCCAAUGACCCCUACUCGUAGAUACACCGAUUUUGGCGCUGGCGUCAAGCUCGAUUUCUCGUCGAAACUAAAUUUCCAAUCCACUGCCACUACUCCCAAUUCCGGCAGUCUGUCUAAUAAAAUCACCUCUCCAUCCAGUGCCACCAGCUCCACUACCAUGGUCAACACUCCUGGUACUUCUGGAGGCAUCAACCCUUUUUACAAGCCAUCUGCAUACAUCCAGCAACAGUCUCAAAAAUACAGUUCGGGCUCGCCAGUGUCGAAAAAGACCAGUCCUAUCAACUCGUCCAGUUUGACACACGACGAAGAAGACGAUAACGAGAACAACAACAACCACAACAGCUCCAGACGACGAAAAUCGUCAUCUGCUUCUUCACCAACAUCAGUAAUCAACAGCGGACCACCACCUGUUAUGGCACCAUUAUCCGGAUCAGUGACUCCUACUGCUGCUAAUCCUGCCACUACGGCUAAUACAACCGCUGCUGCUGCCGCUGCUGCUGCUGCUGCCGCCUUGGAAGUGCAAUCGUAUAGCCCUCCACUUUCCGCAGCCCCAUCGUUGACAUCAUCCGAGCCCUCUUCAGUUCCUAACAGCCCUGAUUCUCCGAUAAACGAUUCAUAUGGCCACGGCGACGAGACUCCCCAGUAUUCCCUUCUGGCUGGCCAGCACAGUUUGAGCGGGACUCAGUACCAAUUUUUCGACAGCUCGCGAACCAUGCUGCCUGACGGGACAUUUCUUCCCGCACCCAAAAACCCACCUGGCCGUCCUUUGAAGAACGGAGGAGCUUCAAAACCGCACCGUUGUCACGAGUGUAUGAAAACGUUCCGCCGUCUCGAGCACCUCAAAAGACACUCGAAAAUCCACACCGAAGAGCGACCUUUCUCGUGCGACAUCCCGGGCUGUAACCGCACCUUUUCACGCUCCGACAACCUGCGAGCCCACCGCAAAACACACAUGAAACGCGGCGGCCGCAACAUCUACAUCGAGGGCCUCGCUGCCGACUCGGCCCACUAA